AAAAGGAUAAUACACUUGAGAAACAGAACAACCAGAGCCAUAGAAAAUGGUACCAUUCUGUUGCUUGCUUCCUCCAUCACCAGCUACCAUAUCCAAGUUGAUUUCUGACCAAACUUAUCUCUCCAUGCUGGACAAAAAUUGCACUACCAUGAAAGACCUUAAAAAGAUCCAUUCUCAACUCAUUAAAACUGGUCUAGCCAAAGACACUAAUGCUGCUAGCCGGAUCCUAGCGUUUUGCGCUUCUCCCGCCGGUGACAUCAACUAUGCUUACCUAGUCUUUGUACAGAUCCAAAACCCAAAUAUAUUUGCAUGGAAUACUAUCAUUAGAGGCUUCUCCAGAAGCUCUGUUCCGCAAAAUUCAAUCUCUUUAUACAUUGAUAUGUUGCUCACUUCUCCAGUUCAACCUCAAAGGUUGACUUACCCUUCAGUUUUUAAGGCUUUUGCUCAGCUUGACCUUGCUAGUGAAGGGGCUCAGCUUCAUGGGAAAAUGAUUAAAUUGGGACUUGAAAAUGAUUCCUUUAUACGAAACACAAUCUUGUUUAUGUAUGUGAAUUGUGGGUUCACGAGUGAAGCAAGAAAAGUAUUUGACAGAGGAAUGGAUUUUGAUAUUGUUGCCUGGAAUACAAUGAUUAUGGGAGUUGCUAAAUGUGGACUAGUUGAUGAGUCUAGAAGGUUAUUUGAUAAGAUGUCAUUGAGGAAUGCGGUUUCUUGGAAUUCAAUGAUCAGUGGCUAUGUAAGGAAUGGUAGAUUUUUUGAUGCAUUGGAGCUUUUUCAGAAGAUGCAAGUAGAAAGGAUUGAGCCUAGUGAGUUUACAAUGGUAAGCUUGUUAAAUGCUUGUGCUUGUUUAGGAGCAAUUAGGCAAGGAGAAUGGAUUCAUGAUUAUAUGGUGAAGAAGAAGUUUGAAUUGAAUCCCAUUGUUGUUACAGCAAUUAUAGAUAUGUAUUCCAAGUGUGGAAGCAUUGAUAAGGCUGUUCAGGUGUUCCAAAGUGCCCCCAGGAGAGGAUUAUCAUGUUGGAACUCCAUGAUAUUAGGCCUAGCAAUGAAUGGUCAAGAAAAUGAAGCAUUGCAAUUAUUCUCAGUGCUUCAGUCUUCAGAUUUGAGGCCGGAUGAUGUUAGUUUCAUCGCUGUGUUGACAGCUUGUGAUCACACUGGCAUGGUGGAUAAAGCCAAGGACUAUUUCUUGCUGAUGAGAGAUAAAUAUAAGAUCAAACCAGGAAUAAAACACUUUAGUUGUAUGGUUGAUGUGCUGGGCAGAGCAGGACUCUUGGAAGAGGCAGAGGAGUUAAUAAGAAGUAUGCAUGUAGAUCCAGAUGCCAUUAUAUGGGGAUCUCUGCUCUGGUCUUGCUGCAAGUAUGGAAACAUUAAGAUGGCAAAACGAGCAGCAAAUCAUUUGAUAGAGUUAAAUCCAAGUGAAAGCUCAAGUUUUGUACUCGUGGCUAAUGCUUAUGCCGCCGCCAAUAAUUUUGAGGAAGCAUUAAAGGAAAGGCUUACUUUGAAGGAAAAUCAUAUAGGGAAAGAACCUGGAUGUAGUUGUAUUGAAGUUGGCGGGGAAGUCCAUGAAUUUGUUGCUGGUGGAAGGGCGCAUCCAGAAAUCAAGGAAAUCUACCGUGUAUUGGAUGUUCUGACACUAACAAAUAAAAGGAACUGAAUAGUUUCUGAAACUGAUUAUGUGUGAAAGCACAGAUAAUAUAUGAGGCACAAUCUUGAUGAA